AGGAAGCAUAAAAAAGAACCAGUCAGAAGUGAAGACUACACUAACCAAAAUGAAGAAUAUUUCACAAUGAAUCAACAGUAGGGUAGAAGAAUCUGAGAAUAAAGUCUGCAAUUUGGAUAUGAGGAAGCAAAAAACACCCAAUCAGAAGAGCAAAAAGAAAGAAGAAUUGCCCAGUGACUGAGCUGCCCCAAGGACUCAGCAACUUUCCCCUUGAGUCCCCCUUACUUUCCGAUGAUCUGUCCCUGCUGCCUGUCUUCUCCUGCCACAGCCUUCCACAGGCCAUUUCCACCAAGGGAAAGGAAUCAUAUGGUAUGUCUGCUAUCCAGAACCUCCACUCUUUUGACCUCUUUGCUGAUGCAAGUAAGGGUGGUGAUCUGCUUCCCGCUGGCACUGAGGGUUAUAUCCAUAGAAGAAUUCAACAGAGAAACGGCAGGAAGACCCUUACUACUGUCCAAGGGGUCAUUGAUAAUUAUGAUAAAAAGAAACUCGUGAAGGCCUUUAAGAAGGCCUGAAAUGCUGUAAUUGAGCAUCUAAAAUACAGAGAAGUAAUUCAGCUGCGGGGUGACCAGAGCAAGAACAUAUGCAAAUUCGUUAGAGAGGUUGGACUGGCUAAGGAAGACCAGCUGAAGGUUCAUGGGUUUUAAGUACUUUGGGCUCACUGAAGCUUAAGUGAGGAUUUCUUUGCAAUGAGUAGAAUUUCCCUUC